AUGCUCGGUCUACGAUACUGCGACUUCUGCUGCGACUCGGACUGCGGCUACUACGACGUCUGCGGCGGCGCGGAGAGCGACUCGCGCUGCGUCGGGAUCUGCUGCGAUCCAUCGAGGGAGGCCAAAAAGAAGUUGUCAAAAGCAGCGGCCGCUGCGCGCCGCGAGCUCGAGUCCCAACGCGCCGCCGUUACUGGUGGCGGCAAUGAUAACGCCGUUCUCAGACAACAGGAAGAAGAGCCCCAAACCACGCAAGUCGCUAUACCGCCCCAAGGCGGCCAGCAGGAAAACGCCGCCAACGCUGCCAUCUCCAGUACCAGAGGCUCUUCGCGUUCCUGUGGAGGACGCUUCGGUGCUGCUGCAGAGGCUCAAUACAACAUCAACGAGAAGCUGUGGAGAAGCUGGUACCGUGACAUUGAGGGCCAGUCGUUGUUGGUGUUGAAAGCUUGCUCGGCGUUUUACUCGAGUCUUAUGGACGGCCUACAGAGCUCAUUGCGAACACGUGGCCGCCAGCCGGAACAUCUAGAUGGGUUAAAGCACUCGUUACAGCAGUCGCUAAUUGCUCUUGGAGAUGUGGCGAGAUACGAGCAGAACCAAUUUGGGAAAGAACGUCGGGACUGGAGCGAGGCUCGGACAUAUUACCAGCAGGCCUUGGAAGUGGCCCCGUCCAACGGCAAGGUGUACAAUCAACUAGGAUUGCUCGCAGUGCUUGAAGGAAAACUGCUGAAUGGAGCUUACCUGUACGCUCGUAGUCUCACGUGCGCGAAUCCUUUUGCCACUAGUGGCAACUUACUUCAUGUGCUGCAGCGUGGGAGGGAUGCAGGGAAGCAGCUUCAAGUCCAACAAGAGACACCAGGAGGUUCUUAUAAUACUUGUGAGGCGAUGGAGACCUACUCGACACGUGUGCUUUCGUGUCUUCAUAUGUUUCAGAUUGGAGAAGGUGGCAAGAAGGAGUGGGACGCAGCCUUGGAACGUAAGCAAUCUGCGCUUAUUCAGCUACUGAAUGCCUGCGAUGAAGAAGACGAGACGAUGCCGAUUGAUGGUCCUCUGUUAGAGGCAUUAUCCAGGAUGCUGACUCGAACUGUGUGCUUGUCAAUCGUGCUCGCUCACAACAACGUUGGGAAAACGAGUCGCCAAACGCUCGACGACGCCUUUCAAAGAUUGAGUAAGAGUGAAUUGACCAAGAAGGCGCUGGCAGUUGGCCACGUGACGGCUUGCGCGGAAUCUACUCGGACCAAGUACUUCGCUAAUGCUCUAUUGCCAGCACUGAAUAUUUUCCUGGAUUGGCUGCAUCUGCACCAAGGUCUCGUGCUCGAGCCAAACGCGUCUUCAAAAGCGCUACAGGAAGAAUGCGUGGCGUUGUCCCGCAUCUUGUCAGCGAAUGGGUUCAUUGAGCGCAGCUUGUGUUGCGCACAGAAGCGUGAAGGUAAUCUGUUCAACGCCAUAUUGCCAGAAGAUCGCGAGCUGAACGGAUUUUUGCCUUACAAGAAGGCUCUUUACUCUCGAUUCCCUGAAGAACUCACACUAGAAACGAAGGUGUCUCGACAACUGACGGAAGAGGAUCGGCUGGUGCUACGUGCAACGCGAUUCAUGGCUUCUAGCGAGAAGUUUGUGUUGUCUAGAGAAACGCCAGCCCCGAUUUAUUCUGUGCAGGCUGGGGAUACUUGCAAGCCACGCAGUUGUAAGAACUCAGGGCUAAAAACUCCAUCAAAAGCGACAAAGACGAUUACGAAAGCGGAUCCGCUUGCGAUCGAUCCUGUCCUCGCAGGUCGCCUGUGCAUCUCGUGCAGCAAUACCAGCUCAUUUUCAGAUGGAGAGUGCGAAUAUUGUGGUUACGAAGACGACAUUGACGCUACGUCAAACGACGGAAAGGAUGCAGUGCAGCAACCUUCGUGGGUCCAGGGGUACGACUUGGCGUGCAACAAUUACGAUUUUAGUCCGAAAAGGAUUUCAGCGUCGCCUCGUUCUUCACCCGCUCGUGGCACACGCCCCAUUUCCUCGGCCUCGUCUACCCCAGCUUCGUCUCCCCAGUCGGACUCCUCAUAUUCACCACCACAAAAAGUCGAGCCGGACUUUAAGACUAUCAUGUCCAUCGGAGCUGAGUAUGCUGACUUCCGAGACACUUUGAAUGCUAACAAGGAUCAGCAGCACUUGAUCGUGAUUGACGCGCCUAAUGUUGCAAUGCGUCAUGGCAAGGGCAAAGUCUUCUCGUGUACUGGGAUUGAGCUGGCUGUCAACUAUUUUCAAGCGCUUGGUCACCGUGUAGUCGCGUUCAUCCCCGAUUAUAUGCUGCAGUCCGACGAAGAGCGUGCCGAACGCGAAGAGCAGGGCGAGGUCCUCACCACCGCGAAAAUCCCUGAUGAUGUUGCGUUACUGGAGCGUCUUAUGCACAAAGGGGUGCUGAUCCCCACGCCACCGCAGGAUUACGAUGACUCGUACACGAUCCAGUACGCUGGCCUACACAGCGGAUAUGUAGUGACGAACGACUUGUUCCGAGACCACAUUGUCAACAUGGCGGGGCCUCGAGAGCGCAAAGUGGCCAUGCGUGCGUGGCUGCGAACCCACCAGAUCUCGUACUCGUGGAUACGAAACGAGUUUUUGCCCAACCCAAACUUUCGCUUUCCCGAUGGUGCGUUCUGAAGUUCACAAACACGCCAAAACCGGCUUGAGACGAGCCACCUGAUCACUUCAAGGUGAGAAUGCAUCCUGUGGGCAUCCGCUAGGGUACGCGAGGUUAGGCUCAGGCCCGGACUGUCGCUAUCAUAGUGAGACUGGAGAGGCAAACCAUUUCCCAACCGCCGAAGCCCUCUGGCCAAACACAUGUAGUGGUCCAAGUGAGGACGACGACCCGAUUCCAUUCGACCCCAGACACUCACACUACUCCAGUACAUGCAUGUACAAGCAGUAGCUUCUUACA